UUCACGCCUUUUGGAGAAACGAAUACAAUACCAAUCCCAUUACCUUCUCCAUUGGAGGAUCCAUCCACCAAAAUUUCCCAUCUGUUUGAGUUUCACUCAGUUAAUAAAUCAUUAGAAUUUCCAUGUUCAUCAUCCACCUCCAUCAUUUCUUCUACAUAUUCAUCUUCUUCUAUUGGAAAUUCUGCGAGAAAUUCUGCAAUAACUUGAGACUUUGGUGAAGAUAAAAUUUCAUAGCCGAUCUCAUAAUUUCCUAACUGUGCAUUCCACCUUUCUAUUCUUCCCGAUCUCUUCGAAUUCUUCAUUGCAUUUUCAAUUGGUAUUCUUGUUAAUACUUUGAUUUUGUGGGCUUGAAAAUAAAUGCGAAGAUUGAAUGAUGCAUAUACCAAUGCGAGAAUCAUUUUUUCGAUUUUCGAAUAAUUUUUCUCCGCGCAGUUAUAGGUUUUGCUUAUGUAAUAUAUUGGUUUCUCCACACCUUCCUCCGAUCGUAAUAAUACGGCACUUAAUACAUGGGAUGUUGACGCUAAGUACAAUAAUAAUUCUUCUCCUUGUUUCGCCUUUUGCAUAAUGGAUAAGUUUACCAGAUAAUCUUUUAUGCUUUGUAAAGCUUUAUCACAUUCCAUUGUCCAUUCAAAUUUGGUUCCCUUUUUUAAUAUAUUGAAAAAGUGUUUGCACUUCUCCGAAGAUCUCGCAAUAAAUCUUCCCAACGAUGCUAUCAAUCCGUUCAAUUUUUGAACAUCCUUGACUGUUGCGGGUGGUGGCAUAUCUAUGAUUUCUCGGACUUUUUCCUGAUGAUACACCAAUUAUACAUUUUUCUGGAUUUACCUUAAUAUUGAAUGUUCGCAUUUGCUCAAAUAUUUCUCGCAAAUCAUCAACAUGAUCUUUCUCCUCUUUGCUUUUAAUCAACAUAUCAUCCACAUAUACUUCCAGUGUUCUAUGGAUCCAUUUUUCAAAUACUUUCUGCACCAUUCUAUGAUACGUCGCACCGGCAUCCUUCAAUCCAAAUGGCAUUUUCGUGUAACAAUAUAAACCUCUAGGUGUGAAGAAAGCAGUGUGUUCUUGAUCUUCUUCAGCUAAUGGAAUCUGAUUAUAGCCCUUGUACACAUCUAACAUCGUUACUCUAUCAUUUCCUGACGCAGACUCCACCAUUUGGGGUAUGUCGGGUAGAGGGAAGAUAUCUUUCGGGCACGCUUUAUUUAGAUCCGUAAAAUCUAUACAGAUCCUAAUUCCGUUGUUCUUUUCGGGCACCACCACCAUAUUUGGUAUCCAUUUCUGGAUAUUUUGCUUCUCUUAUAAUUCCUGCAUCCAACAUCUUUUGUAACUCUUCUUCAAUUUUAGGAUGAUAAUCAGUUGCAAUUUUCCUUAUCUUUUGUUUGAAUGGUUUUGCAUUCUUCUUAAUGUCUAAUUUAUGACAAGCGACAGAUGGAUCUAUUCCUGGCAUUUCAUCCAUACUCCAUGCGAAAAUAUCACUAUAUGAUCGCAGAAUGUUUAUUGUUUUUUCUUCUUCUUAUUCUCUACCCAUUUUGGUUCUGAUUCUUAAUAUAUUCGAUUCUUCUGCAGUUCCUAUAUUUACUUAUUUUGUUAGUUCUGCUGCGGUAAAGUUCGCCUUCGGUUCGCCCAUAGGUGUUGGUUCCUUAAUUUCUUUAAUUCGUUCACCUUCCUCAGUUAGUUCUUCACCCGGUAUUCCUUUUCCUUCUUUUGCUCUUAUCAUGUAUAUUCAGAACUUCUCUUCUUUUCUUUGUUCUUUCGCUUUUCUCCAUCUAUCCUUUCGUUUCUUUGCUCGUCCUUCAUAAUUUCGCACAUCUAUUUUAUUGCAAGUGUCCGCAGCCUUUAAAUCUCCUCUAAUUUCACCUAUACCGCUUGGAAUUGGAAACCUGAUACAUUGAUGUAAUGUUGACGAAACUGCCUUUAGCCCAUGUACCCAUGGUCGCCCUAACAACAUGUUGUAUAGUGAUUCAAUGUCUAGCACGCACAGUGUUAUUUUUGUUUCGAUUUCUCCCAGUAGUAUUCGCAUAAAAAUUUCUCCUUUUGGCUUUGUAAUUGCUCUAUUGAAUCCAUGAAUAUUAUAUGAUGCAGGUGUCAUUUCUUCAUCUCUGUAUCCCAUUGCUUUAAAUGUGCGAUAAAAUAAUAUAUCAACCGCACUUCCUGUAUCUAUCAAUGUUUUCUUUAUUGCCCACCCUUCAAAUGUCCUCUGUUGUGCAAUAAUGUUUUCUCGCUCGACUGUAACCGUGAUUACCAAUGGAUCUGUUCACUGUAAAUCUUCUUCUUGAAUUUCAUCUGCAGCAAAAGAUAUUUGCACCUUUUCCCAAUCUUGUAAUGGUAACUCUGCCUUCAUUGUUUCAAUUUUCUUUCCUUCAUGAUUUCUUUUAUGAAUUUUCCCAAUUAUUGUCGCUUGGAAAUCUGCUUCAGAAAUUGAUACUUUAGUUAUAUUAUGACACCGUAUAUCUCUACCUCUUUCUUGAACUGAUGUGAUUCUUGCUGUCUUCAUUAGUCUUUUAAGAUUCUUCCUUAAUUUCUCUUUGAAUUUCAAAUCUAUUACCAGGAUUUAUCAAUCCAAAGUUGUUUCUAGCGCCAAAAAUGUAGUUGUAAGAUUUCUUACAACUACACUUCAAUUUAUCUAAUGAUUCCUCUAUGUGAUCAUUGUGCAAGAUUAUUCCAUUGAUUGAAUAUAUUUGGAUUACUUACAAUAUUGAUAGAAACUUACAAUAACACUUUCGUAACUAGACUCACUUUCUCUCUCUUACAAUCCCUCUUACAAGACUUAUGUUCCAACCUUCUACAAGAGAACUACUCUCUCUUUUAUAUAGGGAUUUACAUAGUGGAUUACAACUAAGAAUUCCUUUAUUUUCGGGAUCUCUCUGCGACAUGUUCGCUCAUCUUCGCAUAUCUUACAUCUUCGCAUAACUCAUCACGCUUUACCCGUGGCUUUGCUGACAUCAUCUGAUGUGACGUCUCAAUUUGUUGUGCGCGAUAUUCCUCGGGUAUUUUGUAUUGUUCACUUCGCGUAAUUGUUAAUAUGUGCCAUAUUUAACUCCUACAAGUCGCGCUAUUUAGCUAAGAUGAUGGUGAUGUUAGAUGCUCCCACCAACACUUUCAUGACGUUAUAUGCCAUUGUGCAUGCCCAUAAUCACCUCAUUCAAGAAUUCAACCUUCCCUUUGGUUCCUCGAAAAUUAAAUCACAUUUUACUGUAACAUAAUCAAUCUUUGGAAGGUGCACAUAAACUCGGACUCUGCGCGGUAAGCCCAUCCAGGAACAAAAAAAAAAAAUCUACCCGACGCAUUCACAAAGUUCUUCACAAAACUCAAAGUGGGCUGCACAUCUCAACCACGGAAAAUAUAAGAAGCUUGGAAAACCUGCAGGUUUCAAACUCUGUUACGGAGGAGAAGAGCAUUACGAUGAUAUUACUAUGCGUGGGGAUUACUCUUACAAGACACUUAUGGAAAUCGAUAAUCAUCCGUCUACUGAGCAAGAACCCCCCUUGUCUGACAUGGUUGGUUCGUGUAAUGGCUUGGUUUGUCUCUGGGUAAAGCAGAAGUCCUCUUAUGCACGCGAUCCCAUCUACAUCUGUAAUCCCGCAACUAACGAAUACAUUUAUCUUCCAGCAUUCAAUAACUACAAGAAAGCAUGUAAUGGUGAGACGAAAGGUUAUUUUCAUUACGGAUUUGGAUAUCAUCAUCCUACUGAUGCGUAUAAAGUUGUUAGAAUCUACUACCAUGAUGUCAACGACAAUGAAUAUCCAACAAUCAUCAGUUCCAGUGAUGAGUACAGCGGCCAAGUCCAAGCAUAUACUUUGGGGAAUGGUCAUGGGUGGAGAGAUAUAGGAAGACUUAAUCACGAUUUAGCUUACUACCGCAGUGUUUGGGCAAAUGGAUCCCUUCAUUGGAUAAAGGAUGGGGCAAAAGAAAUUGUGGCUUUCGACUUAGCGGAUGAGGAGUUCAGGUUGAUCCCAUUCCCACCACUUUCACCUGAUAGGUCUAACACUGAAGUUGAUCUUCAAUUAAUGUUUGGAGGGUAUUUGUGUGUCGUUCAUAUAGAUGUAGGGAAACAAGAUGAGUUCAUUCACAUAUGGGUAUUAGAGAAAAAGAAAAAGUUCAGCAGCAGCUAUGAUAUCAGAGGACAUGAUGAGUUCAACAACCUAUGGAGAUGGAGCAAGAAAUUUAGCAUACCAUGCGCAAAGGCUGUGACAUAUUUUCACUUCGCGGUUACAAAGAGCAAUCAAGUUCUAAUGUCGUCUGAUAGGGCUGUCUUUUGUUUUGAUUUGGGAACUCAAGUGCUAAGAAAACUCUGGGAUAAUUGUUCGAUGCGGAAUAGCAUAGCAAUUCCUCACGUGAACAGCCUUGUUUCACUUGAAUCAUUAGGAGAAAAAUCCAUAAUGAGAAAACGACAAUUUUAUCCCUUUUAGAAGGGACACAUCCAAUAUGAAAGACAUUUUCCAUGUCGAAGAAAGACAAGGAUCUGGAAAAAUAGGGCGUGAAUAGUGAGCCAAGCAAUGGUCAACUAGGUAGAAUGGCUUUGUUUUAUUUUGGCAUGUUUGCUUUGGUAAAACUUCUAGGUUUGUUUGCUAAUUUGUACGGUGUUGCUUGGUUUUAGUUUUCCCCUUGUUAUUUGAGCUAGGAAGCUGCUCUGGUUCUUGGUUGCGUUGUUAGGUGACUUUAUCUUCUUCUAGCUACUUUCAUUUUUCCAAUAUGGUUUAACCUUUCUCCUCGGAACACAUUUGGUUACUCCCUUUAUCUCAUUUUGUUUGACAUGAAUACCAUUUUUAACGUGUCUCAAAAAGUGUUUAUACUCCUUUAAUUUUGAGUAUUAUUGCUUAUUUUUUGAUGGAUCCUUCCAUAGUAUUGUUAAUUUAAUCAUCUAACUACAGUGGACUUUGUAGCAUGAGAUGUAUUUAAACUAUCAUGAAAC